GGGGGCGGCGCGUUUCGGGCUUUGACGUUCGUCGCCCACCCUGUGUUGGAAGUGGCUUGGCAGUGGUGCCUCCUCACAGCCAGAAGGGAACCUGAAGCAACUAAAGUCAGCAUUUACAGGAGAAGAAACAGAUCUCAUCAUCAUGAGGAAGAUUACCAUCAAACACUUGUUGUGCUUCUUCCUUCUCGUCUUCCCGCUGUCCUGGGCAGAGGACUCAAAGAAAGAUGUGUGGAAGACUGAGAAUGAUACAGUUUGGAGCCAAGCAAAGACUAGUCGACUAUUUGCAAGGCGAAAGAUGUCUCCAUCACAGGAAAGUAACAUUCCUCUAAGUUUUCUUUGCUCUUCUUGAACUAAACACAACUCGGACCUUAUGACCCCUGCAAAUCGCUGCAGCCGCCUGAUGGAUAGCUGUUCCUCCCGCAUUCCGUGCUGCGACCCCUGCGCUUCCUGCCGCUGUCGACUCUUCAACACCAUUUGUCACUGCUGGAGAUUGAACCCGCUGUGCUUAAAGAGGACAUAGAUGGAACAAACACACACGCACACAAAAACACACACAUGAACAAACACACUCCAGCACCUGGACGUACAGUGAUAAGCAUAUAUAGUAUAUACAGGGAAAUUCAUAUAUGCUGGCCUAUGGCCUGUGGCUUUACCUUUUUCGAAGCGCAAGUGCAGUUCAGAGAACAUUAUCAUAGUUCAGAGUAAACUAGAAACUUUUGGAAAACCACAAAACAGUCUGAGGUUAAAAGUUAAAGUCCUCUCCAUUGUCAGUGACUUCCACACUUCUGUGAAGGAAGGAGAGAUUUGAAUGAAUGUUUGAAGCCAUGUGAUGAAUGUUUUUCUGUCAUCUUCAGUCUUCUGGGGCAUGAAUGGGAAAAUAAAAUACCCACAGAAAUGUUUACAGAAUAUCUAGAUACCCAGCAUACAGUAUUUAGGUGUAACAAAGGAUAAGCAGCAUAUACUUUUUCAUGUAUGUACUGUAUACAAUCACGUGUUAACUGUGUGUUGUGCCUACGGUAUUUUCCGCACUAUUGCUGCUUUUGAAUAUCUUUAUCAUUUCUGCUCUCCUGCCAUAUUAAACUUGUCUGGACGCCAAUAACGGGAUUGAUAUUGGAGCAUAAAUUUCUUUCUUUAAACUCACUUCCCUACAGACUAAAUGUUGAAAAAAAAAAAAAACCCAAAUCAUCUGAUUGGGGUCAGUAAUGGUUAAAAAACAGAUUUUUCUCCACCUGUGUAAACAAUGCCUUGGAGAAGAGAUGACGUAGGGUCCCGAAUGAGGAAUUACCAAUUAUUGUGGA